CAGUUCUGAACCUGUUGAGUUUGAGAUGCUUCAGGGGCUGCCAUAGGAAGGUAUAUAUCCCUUUUUAUGAUCAGAAGAGAAGUGUUGGUAAGAGAUUUAGGUGCAGAGAUGGAUUUGGGAAUGUAAAGUAAGGAUUUUUGAAGCUAGUUGGUGUAGAUGAGGAUCAUUCAUAUUAAAGAGGUCUGCCGGCUCAAGGUGGGACUCUGGAAGCCUGCCAUUGAAAGGGACUCUGGAAGAAGAAAAGGAACAAGAUGACUGAACAGAACCCACUGGAGAACUAGAGACACAAAUCAUGUUAGGUAUUACAGAAACCAAGAGAAGACAGUUUCAGGAGUGGCUUUGAGUGUUCAGCAGGGUCACAUGUCUUAGAUUGGUGAAUAAUCUGACGGUGAAAAUUGUAAGUUUGGAUUCAGCAAUGAACAGGUCACAGAGAGCAGUGUAGGACUAGAAGCCAGACCACUGGAUGGGCAGUCAAGAAAAAUGUUGAUGGAGGAGAAAGAAGGAAGUCCUAUUUUGUAACGGAUUAUGAUCCAACCAUUGAAGAUUCUUACACAAAGCAGUGUGUGAUAGAUGACAGAGCAGCCCGGCUAGAUAUUUUGGAUACAGCAGGACAAGAAGAGUUUGGAGCCAUGAGAGAACAGUAUAUGAGGACUGGUGAGGGCUUCCUGUUGGUCUUUUCAGUCACAGAUAGAGGCAGUUUUGAAGAAAUCUAUAAGUUUCAAAGACAGAUUCUCAGAGUAAAGGAUCGUGAUGAGUUCCCAAUGAUUUUAAUUGGUAAUAAAGCAGAUCUGGAUCAUCAAAGACAGGUAACGCAGGAAGAAGGACAGCAGUUAGCACGGCAACUUAAGGUAACAUACAUGGAGGCAUCAGCAAAGAUUAGGAUGAAUGUAGAUCAAGCUUUCCAUGAACUUGUCCGGGUUAUCAGGAAAUUUCAAGAGCAGGAAUGUCCUCCUUCACCAGAACCAACACGGAAAGAAAAAGAUAAGAAAGGCUGCCAUUGUGUCAUAUUCUAGAAUCCCUUCAGUUUUAGCUACCAACUGCCAGGAAAAGCCCUCAUCUUCUCUUCCUCUCCUCAGUUUACAUCUUGUUGGUACCUUUCUAGCCUUAGACAAAUGAUCACCAUGUUAGCCUUAGACCAAGAAGCUGGCUAGUCCUUUCUGUGAAGCUAAUACAAUGGUCAUUUCCAGACAAAUUUAAAGGAAACACUAAGGCUGCUUCAAAGAUUAUCUGAUUCCUUUAAAAUAUAUGUCUAUAUAUACAGACAUGCUCUUUUUUUAAGUGCUUACAUUUUAAUAGAGAUGAAUCAGUUUUGGAAUCUAAGCUGUUUGCCAAGCUGAAGCUACAGGUUGUGAAAUAAUUUUUAACUUUUGGAAUCAUACUGCCUACUGUUACUCUAAAUAGAAAUAUAGGGAUUUUUUUUAAUGUGAAUUUUUGCCUAUCUUUAAACAUUUCAAUGUCAGCCUUUGUUAACCUUAAAUACACUGAAUUGAAUCUACAAAAGUGAACCAUCUCAGACCUUUACUGAUACUACAACUUUUGUUUUCUGGUGGCCAAAAUACCAAAUGCCUAUUGUAUUUAUGGAUUAAAAACUGCUCAUAAAAGCCUGUGUUAUUACUCCUACUCUUGAAGAUGAUAAUAUUCUACGUGGUCAAAUAUUUGGACUCAUUUAGGACUUAGACAUUUCAGUGUACUUGAUUUUUUAAUUUAACUCUUUUUCACAGCCACGCUAAGGGUAAAAAUGAAUAAUUUCUGUCUUCCUUUUCAAGUAUUUCUGGAUAAGGGAUUCAAAAAACUAAAACUGUUUUUGUUUGAUGUAAUAUAAAAUAUGGAAUUGAUCUUUCCGGGGUCAGAGAUGAUUAAUGUUUUUGCUAUAUACUUUUAUACAUUAUUUUCUUAUCAAACUAGUUAACAAGUAUUUUUAUAUGUUUGUAAGCAGAUAUGCUUUCAUAGCAUACCUUGUGUAUAUGUAAAGAUAAGUAUUUAAUUCUCACUGUUCACUUUUAACUGACAAAGAAAAACAAGUGGAAACUACAGAAACUGUGGUAGAACUUUUACUUGCUGGUCUGUCUUGGUUGUACCCAUCUUUGGCCAGUCACAUAUCUACUCAAGAAACCUUCCCAAUAGAGUACAACAGGAUGAGACUCUGAAAUCACUUUCAGUAUUCCCUGCUAGAUAUUGAUUGUUAUUUCAAGUAUUAAGUGUAAGCUUUUAAUGGAUAAUUAGUAUAACUGUGGAUGGCAUCUGAUUUUGUUUUUAAUUCUGUGGAUUGUGUUUAAGCAAUUCAAUAGUAUGUUCCUGAUUUUGAGAUGCUAAGUGGUAUUGCACAGUUGUCACUUUAUCAAGUGUGUACAACAGUCCCAUGAAGUUUAUAGAGCAUACCCUUGUAUAGUUUCAGGUGCUAGAAUUAAAAUUGAUCUGUUAUCACAA